UGUAACUUAGUAAGUAGGCCCCUAGAUCUAGAGAAAUCUAGCCAAGUCACCUCCUACACUUGCUUUAAAAUGGCUUUAAAGCUUGACCCCCCUUGCUCAUCCAAACCAAAGUGUGUGCCUCCUGUGAGGAAAUCGGCCUGCCCUGGAGGCUGCAAGCCUGGCUACUGUUUGAACUCACUUUGUCAACACCAUUUGCACAUUAACGCUCAACCCACAUGGAACCCGGAGCUACAAAAGCAAAUGGAGUUUGAGCAGCUCUGCCUUAAAGAAGCAAUGAAGAAGCAAGAACAAAAGGAAAGGUAUGAGUUUCUUAAAAGGGAGAGAGAACUCAUGGGUAUGAAGGAACCAUCAGAAGAAGAAAAGAAUAAAGUGUCAUUGUAUUCUAAGGGAAGUAAUAAAGAUACAGAAGAGCAAAUUCUAAAACACUGUCCUCCUAUUGACUUUAGCAAAAUUAAGGCACAAGAAGCAAAGAAAACCAUGCGACCCCCUGCUCGUCCCCUCUGUAUGCUAGAUGUACCUCACUUUGCUCCACUUGAAAAUGACUACAAUGAUUUAUCCAACUAUCUGCGCAUAUCAACAAUGCCUGGAUAUAGUAAUACUAAUGUGGUCAGCCAAUAUAUUGAUACACAUAACAUGUCAGUUUGGAACAAUCGUAAAGAUGUGGGUCCUCAGGUCUAUAAGAUGACUCGUGACUGGCUUAGCAUCUGGUCAACCUGCAAUGUUAAAGAGCAGCUCUGGAGGAAGGCGUGGGCAGAGAAGUAUUCUGGGACUUCUAGUAAAUAGUCCAUUAUCAGGCUUGGAUGGUUAUGUGCAGGAGAUUCAUCUACACGGUGUUAAUUUAUUAAAUUUGAUACUGUACUCUCCGUCGACAUGAUCAAAUAGUUCUUUUAGAUGAGUAGUUAAUUUGUGAUGACAUUAUAUUAAAACUGUAAAGGUAGGUUUUUUUCUUCUGUCUUUAGACUUUGUUAACUUUAUUUGGUGCAAAACAAUAUGUACAAAAAUCACCAAAAAAAAAAAACAAGAAUAGCGCCAAAUGUAUAAUUUAAAUAGUGCUAGUUAGUCUCAAAUCUAUUAGUUUGCUUGAUCCUGUUAGAAUCAUGCUGCUAUAAUAUAAUUAUUGGUGAAGAAAAAUACAUUUUUUAACAGUUAGCUCAGAACAUUUAAAUAAUUUUAACAGGUAGCUCAGAACAUUUCAAUAAUUUUAACAGUUAGCUCAGAACAUUUCAAUAAUUUAAAAAAUAAAAUAAAUUAGCAUGAAGAUGUCUAACAUUAAAGCUGUUAGAUAAAAUAUAUAUUUUUUUGCCUUCCAAAUAAGUCCUUUACAGUAAUUUAUAUUCCUAUUUCCUUACUUUUCAAAACUACCCAGUUGUAAUGGUGCUCUUUUAGAUAGUAAAAUUGGUGAGUGCAUGCUGCAUAGCCUCAACCUUGUAAGGGUGGUUGUUACUUGUUCAGUGUGUGGGAAAUAAAGGGUUGACCAUCUCAAACACUGAAUCAAGUGGUAGCUCCCAGUUGUGGAGAAGAACAAUAAUCAUAACUUGAAUUUUUUUUAGGUUGGCUAAUUGAAGUAGGAUUUAUUUAUUAUGAUGUUUAAAUCAUAGCCAAAGAUGAACAAGCUUAACCAAAUAUUUUUUAAAAAGAUGAAGUAUUUAGCUUAACCAAAUAUGUUUAAAAAGAUGAAGUAUUUAAACGUUUUACAGUAUUAUCAGUAUUCUUUAAACAGUAUUGAUAUUUAUUCAAAGGCUCAAUGUGUGGGCCCUGUCAUGUUGUUGCUUUAAAAUAGAAAUGAUAUUAUUUUUACAGAUUUUAUACAUAUAUUUUUACAUCUAUAUUCCAUAUUGCGUUACAAUAAUUUUCUUUAUUAAUAACAAGUUGAAUAUUAAAAAUGUUUAUUUUUAAA